AUGUUCGUCAAUAUAUGUAGUUUGGCAAAAACAAAAAAUCGAGUACGAGCUGCAGUUGCACUGGAAGCAGACUUGGUCAAUAACGAUAUAGAUGUAUGUGUGGUGAGCGAGAGUCACCUGCAACCUGAAAAACCAGACGCUGUGGUGUCCAUUCACAAUUAUUCCAUAUUUAGAAGAGAUAGAAGUUGGGAAGGACGCGAUAUGAGAGCAAAAGGAAGGGUAGCAAUAUAUGUUCGGAACAACUUAAAAGUUAUUGAUAUUUAUCGAUCCAGUUUGUACGAACUUAUUGGUGUCACACUUCUGUUACCUACAGGAAACCCCAUGUUGAUAUAUGGCCUUUAUCACCCACCUAGGCACAAUUAUCUGGAGAGCGACUUAUUCGAUUAUUUGAUAAAUAUUUCUGACGACGUUUUGCACAAAUAUCCAGACACUGUAAUUGUUUGUGGAGGGGAUUUGAACAGUUUGGAUAUAAAACACCUUGAGGAACUAUCAGGAUGGGAUGCAGUGGUCGACUUUUCAACAAGGGGUAACGCAUGUUUGCAUAACUGCCUUACAAAUAGAAUAGAUUUGUUCUCAAAAUGUUAUCCUUUCCAUAUGUUAACUAAAACAGACCAGAUAGGGGUUAUUUUACCAGCAGAAACGAAACUAAAACCUAUGCGCCGAAAUGUUGAAUUUCGGGAUUGUAGAAAGCAUCGAAAGGAAGAUUUCCACAAAGCUUUAGCAGAAGAAGAUUGGGAGGAUGUAUCGCUGUCCACGAAUGUAAAUGACGCUUUGAAUUGUCUUGAACGUAAGAUCAUGGAUCAUAUGAAUAAAUGUAUGCCACAAAAACAGUCUCAAUUUCGUUACCUGACCCUUACUGGAUGAGUCCUUUAAUUAAAUCUUUGCUAAAAGCUAAAUCCAGAAUUGCUCGGUCGCAAAAGGAUAGACUCAGUUUAAUUAACAAAAGGAUUUCUGAUGUCAUUUGUCUAAACAGAAGAAACUUUAGGGCCUUGGCGGGAAGUAGAACUUGCUGGAGAAAGACGAAUGAUAUUUCUCAGCGAAAUGCAUCGUCAUCAAGAGUAACUUUGGAUAAUGCAUCACUUGCAAGAUUAAAUCGCUACUUUGGCCAACUCUGCGACGAUGAUAGUUAUGUCGAACCGACGCUCUCAAUUAUUGGUGAUGAAGUAGAUAUUCCUAGCUUCAUGGAACAGCAGGUAUGGAAUGCCUUGAAAAGAAUAAAGAGGACAGCAACAGGUCCCGAUUAUAUUCCGUAUUGGGUUUGGAGUGAUCAUGCUGAAAUUCUAACCGAAGUUAUAACUAACGUCUGGAAUUUGUCCCUUUCAUCACAUACUUGGCCAGAUUCAUGGAAAAGAGCGAAUAUUAACCCUCUUGCAAAGGUUGAUUUACCAAAGGAAGAUGCUGACUUUCGUAGAAUAAAUAUUACACCUGUAAUUGCGAGGACCUUCGAAAAGCUCGUUUAUAAUAGUCAGGUCAAGUCGACAGUUGAGGAAAUUUUAUCCCCAAUGCAAUUUGCGUACAGGCAGGGGGGAAGUUGUACAAACGCUCUGUUGACUAUUCAGAACAAAGUACUAAGCUUCUUAGAUAGAGCGGACUGCAAAGCAGUUAGAUUGUUUUCUAUGGAUUUUAGCAAGGCUUUCGACUCCGUGAAACAUUCACUCCUCUCGGAAAAGUUAAAAAAUGUGCCACUCAACCCGUAUAUCAUAAAUUGGUAUUUAAAUUUUCUAAAGAAUAGGAAGCAAAGAGUCGUUUGUAACGAUUUUUGUGGAGAAUGGAUGGAUGUUAAUAAGGGUACAACAAAGGGAAGCAUAAGUGGCCCCAACCUCGGUCCCAGGGUCUUUAGGAAAGACCCUGGUAUCGGCUGGUCACGUGCCUCGUUACUCGGAAGUACAUGAUAGCUGGUUUAAUGUUGGAAUGGAAGAACAACUACCGAACAUCACCGCAGAUAGUGUAGCAAAUAAGUUAAGUAAACUUAACCCGAAUAAAGCAAGCGGUCCGUUCGACCCGAAUGUAAAGAUAAUAAAAACAUUCGCAAAAUACUUCGCCGAGCCGCUAUGUUACAUCUUUAACGAAUCAUUUACUUGCAGAGUAUUCCCAGAUAUUUGGAAAAUUUCGAGGGUGUGUGGGAUUCCUAAAAGUAAACCCUGCUCUAGGGUAGACCUUUUAAGAACUAUUUCAUUAACGAGUACAUUGUCAAAGAUACAAGAAUCAGACGUUAAUGAUUGGAUUUAUGAGGAUGUUUAUGAUAAAAUCAGUAGCAGUCAAUUUGGCGGUCUGCCUGGAACAUCUACAAUACAUGCGUUGAUUUAUUUGUUACAUAAAUGGCAUAUGGCAAUGGAAAGCCCCCAAAGAAUUGUUCGUAUUACGUUUCUUGAUUUUCGAAAGGCAUUUGACUUGAUCAAUCAUAAUGUGCUGCUAGAAAAUUUUAUGCAAAUCGGCGUUCGUCCAGCUGUGGUUGGUUGGUUUGCAUCAUAUCUUUAUAACAGAUCACAAGUAACGUCUUUCCAUGGAGAACAGUCUGAUUGUAAAAGAAUCAAGGGAGGCGUUCCACAAGGGAGUAAGUUGGGUCCUAUUGCGUUUAUAAUAAAAAUAAACCAAUUACCAACGUCUAUUAUACCCAAUAACCAAGAUCAAAUAUGUAAUGCCGUAGAAGACCAGGACGUAGCGAUGUUUAUGGAUGACACAACAUUAUCGGAAGUAAUCAAUGUCAGUGACCAUUUAGGUGGCAUCCCAAUCGGUAAUACUCAAAUGAACGUAGACAAGGUGGUACAGUUUGCAAAGGACGAAGGAAUGGAACUAAACUAUAAAAAGUGUAUGGAGAUGAUUAUUGACUUUAGGAAAAAUAUAACCUCUAUACCCCCAAUUUAUGUUGGUGGUCAUAAUGUUUCUCGAACGAAGUCAUAUAAGUUACUGGGAAUAUGGUUAGAUUGCGAUCUUAAAUGGAAAACUAAUACGGAAUAUAUUACAAAGAAAGCGGCCAAGCGUCUGUAUUUAUUAAAGAUCUUGAAGAGUUAUGGUGCCCCCAUGGAUGAUUUGUUAGCAUUUUACUGUUCGGUAAUUCGUCCUGUUUUAGAAUAUGGUGCGGAGAUUUGGAACGGAGGUCUAACCCAAGAGCAGAAAAAGAGCAUUGAACGAAUUCAAAAACGAGUACUUAGAAUAAUUUACCCAAACCUAGACUACGACCAAGCAAUAACUGAGACAAAAUUACAAACUUUGGAAGAACGUAGGGACGAAUUAUGUGUAUCUCUAAUUAAAAAAAUGCUGGAACCAAACCAUAAACUUCAUAGCCUCUUACCAAAGAAACUAAAAUACAUUAGGCAAAAAGAAACAAGAACUAACAGUCAGAAAUUAUAUAAUUUCCCCUCUAAAACCGAACGUUUUAAACACAGUCCUUUAGUUUACUGUAUAUACUUAUAUAAUUCUAGAUUAGUUGAUUAGGAUCAUCAUUUUUAAAAUUUUAUCAGUUAAUGUACAAAUAGGUAUGCAUUAGUAGUUUUUAUACAUAUUGUAAAUAGAUAUAGAUUAGUAAAACUUUAAUUUUAAUGAAUGACAUGUAAAUAUAUAAUAUAUAUAUACUUUUUUAUACCCAAAUUUGUAAACACAUUGUAAAUUAGCGUAACUACUACUAAAUGUGUUAAUAAACCAUUACCAUUACCAUUACCAUUACCACCAAAAUUGAUUGCCCGAGGGGGGUGUGGUGAAAGUAUCAAAUUACAAACAGUUAAAAACAUAAAUUUUGCGAACUAUUACUAGUAUUAAAGUUCAAAAUGCUUGCCAAUUUUUGUUUAUUUUAUUUGCUUUGAAUUUACAAGAAAAUUCUUACAUUUUUACCAACAGUCAAGUCAAGAAACCAAGCAAAUCGUUACUCCCAGUGCUCUCUCGUGUUAUUAUUAUUCAAUGCUCUCUUCACACUCGAGCGCGGUUUUAUAACAAACGUUUAUGGGCUUUUCAGUGGUCACCAUUUCUACAUAUGUUAUGUUUUUAAAACACGCAUUAGAUUUGCCCUUUUUUGUAAACGUUGCUAUGCUUUGCACGUCUUGUUUAUAAGAUUUUUAAAAGAAACAGUAUUGUAUUGUAUUGUAUUGUAUUGUCUAUGACUAGAGAGCAGAGCCCAAUCAGCAAAUGUAAACAUUUGAUACUAGCCAAACAGAGAAAUGUCUUUCAGUGAUUUAUCUUUAAAAUUUUGGAUUUAGUACAUAAUUCGUAUUCAUUAAUUAUAGUAAGGCUUUAGCCUUUUUCUUGGUCAGAUGUUUUCCUAAUAUGCACACAACUAGGCUGUAAUCUACCUCACAAAUUUACAGUGUCAGACGCGCACAGACUGUCAUACGAAAACACAUAAAUUUUCGAGUUUUCUACUUCUACUAAGGCUACUAACAGUUUUCAUUGUGUCUCAAUCAUCUGUUUAUUUCUAGUUCAAUAAGUUCAUUUAUAUUUCUAUAUUUAUUUGAUAGUGGCAUAUAUAGUGAUACAUGUAGGCUAUUUACACACAAGCAAUCCUGGAUAUGAUAGAGACGAUACAAGCUGUCCAUUAAAAAAUAACGGUAUUCUAUUUCACAAAGCAAAAAAUUUAAAUCUCACUUGUAUUAUUAAGAAUAUAUAUAAAGCAGAAAAUUAAAGCUUGUGUCAAAACGAAAGCUGUUUAUAAAAUGUAUAAAUGUGGUAUAAAAAACACAGUAGUAAAACAGUAUGACAAAUAUAUUGUUGCUUGACUUAUCUUUGAUGUAUGACUUUACUGUAAUAUCGUAGAUUUUCAACAGAUAGCUAGACUUUGACAUAUACCAUGAUCGUUGAGAUCUGGCAGGAAAUUUUAUAGUCUUUUGACGGGAUUUAAGUUUUGUGAUAAGGCCUUAUUAUAAUAAACAAUCUCGAUACAGUUGGCGUCUUGGCGAUAUUUCGGAAAUCAAAAGAUCUCGCUAUUUCGUUCCAAUUCCACAUCUCAUCAAUAAAUAUAUUGUUUUUGUCCGAGUAUCAGGAUAUACUUUAAUACUAACAGUUAAAUAAAUAUAAACCACAUUGGUCGGUCUUGAGAUAUGAAUUUUCUUGUAGGCUUAUUGCCACGCCGCCCAGGCAUGCAUUCUUUGUAAGUUGAAAUCUGAUCCAACUUGCUUGAAUUGUAACUCGACACUAGAUUAUAGAGCAGAAAGUCACAUCACGAUAAAUAUUAAUUUUUAAUUGCAGUUCUCUUCACGAUUUCUUGUUGCAAAUUUAAAUUUCAUCAAUCAAAAUUAUUGUUACAAACGCAAAUAUUGUUACAAACGCGACAAACACACUCCUCUCCCACCCUGCCCAUAGUAUCAUAGCUCAAAUUCAAAUGAGUGAUAACUGGUACGAAAAUAUGGAUAAUGGCAAGUUAACAGGGGUAGUUUUCCUUGAUAUCAGAAAAGCUUUCGAUUCAAUAGAUCAUGUUAUACUACUUGAAAACUAGCUUUCUAUGGCGUUUCUCAACUUGAACUUGCAUGGUUUAAAUCCUACCUCUCAAAUCGGCAACAACAGUGUCAAGUAAAUGGCUGCCUCUCUAAUAAAGGUGAAAUAAUUUGCGGGGUUCCACAAGGUUCCAUACUUGGCCCGUUGUUGUUCCUAAUUUAUAUCAACGAUUUACCCAACUGUCUAAAGACAACAACACCCUGUCUAUACGCAGAUGAUACCCAAAUUUUCGCCUCUUCGUACGACUCUAUUGCGCUGGCUAAUGAUAUAAACUCUGAUUUAGAAAAUGUCACAGAUUGGUUAAAUGUAAAUAAACUCCAAUCCCACCCUUCUAAGGCUAAGCUUAUUGUCAUAGGAUCUAAACAAAAUUUGACCAACAAAAUUGGUGAAUUGUACAACAGUAUUAUCAUGAACAAUAACGUAAUUUCACCUGUUGUCUCGAAUAAAUGUUUGAGAGUUGAUCUUGAUGAGAGAUUGACUUUUGACAUCAAUAUUGAAGAAAUAUGCAAGAAGAUCUGUUCAGGCAUAGGAGCAUUGAGGAGAAUUAAACCAUUCGUUCCGCAGACCUCUCUUGUUACAUUAUACAAAUCAUUAAUUCAACCGUAUUUUGAUUAUUGCUCUCCCCUGUGGGAUACAUGCGAUAAAAUAUUAAAAGAUAAAUUGCAAAUAUUACAAAAUCGUGCGGCUAGGGUUAUCACUGGAGCAAGAUAUGAUGAUAGGAUUAGAUCAAGUGAUCUUUUGGAAGGUUUAGGAUGGAAUAAUCUACAUGUUAGGCGGGCUAAGUUGAAGAGUAUCCUAAUGUAUAAAAUCCUUAAUGAAAAUUGUUCGCCAUGUUUAAGAGAAAGCUUUGUAAGACUUAGUGAACUUAAUAGACGCCAUAAUUUACGAAAUCAGGAAACGGAUCUAGCACUUCCAAAACCAAAAACUAAUUUUUUGAAGAGAAGCUUUAAAUAUAGCGCAUCAAUGCUGUGGAAUAAUCUUCCAUUAGAUGCAAAAAGAGCGACUUCACUCAGUCAAUUUAAGCGUAGUAUUGCGGAACUGUCCUUUUAGAACCAUGUUGACUUAAUUAUAGUUAACUCUCUUUAUUUACUUUACUUGACUUUAUUUUUCUCAAUUUGUUGUUGGGGGGAGGUUGGGGGGUUCAUAUAAUAUUCCAUAUAUUCUACUGUUUUAUAUAUCACGCCCCUCCUGUAAAUCAGCUUUUAGUUGUGCGAGGCUAGCGUGUUCUUGAUUUUAAAUAAAAUUGAUUGAUGAUGAUGAUGAUCAUUUUAAUUUAUCACCCAGAAUCUGGGUGACACGUGACCAGCCGAAACCAGGGUCUUUCCUUCGCCUCGCGCCGUUCUAAGACAGACCCUGGGAACGAGGUUGAAGUGGCUCCUACCUUUUUAAUAUUUUCCUAAAUGAUUUAGAGGUGGACACAGACGGCGAGAACGCUCUUUUUAAAUAUGCGGACGAUUCAAAUAUAAUAGUGCCAGUUUGGAGUGACGGUCCUGAUACAUCAACAGAUACAGUUGGACAAUUCCUGAGAUGGUCUGACGAUAAUUUUAUGACUUGUAACUCUGGUAAAUGUAAAGAGCUUAUCAUCCGGAAGAAGGGAUAUAAUGAUCAACUCGACAAUGUUUAUAAUAUACCCCAAUGCAAAGAACUUCCCAUUUUAGGUACUAUUUUUCAAGACAAUCUCAAGUUCACCAGUCAUGUGCGAGGUAAAUUGGUCAAAGCAAACAAAUGCUUGUACGUUAUACGAACACUCAGGGCAGAAGGCAUAGCCAAUGUGAGAUAG